UAAAUGUCAGGCGUAUCGUAUGUCAUCUUUUGUUUUCAUUCAGAUAUUCAUGACUGAAUUUUAUCUUUCAUCCUUUCUGAGAACAUCGGAAACAUCUGUUCUCUUCCUACAGUUUUAAAAAAACCUGUGCAUUACUCAAUGUACACUUGUUCUAUUUCCAGAUGCCUGCUGAAGCUGGUAAACCAUAAAUAGCAUUGCAGAGACGGCUUUGCCUCCCCCCAAAGGCUCUGAAUUCAGAGUGUGCUGCGGUUGCACUAUUUCCAAAUUUGGGAGGAAAUAUGACUCUCAGGGAGAGUUCAUUACUUUUAGAAGCAUGUCGAAAACAGUCUCUGGUCGGAACUUUACUAUACGCUAGUGCGUUUGGUGAAAUGCUUCCACUGAUAACAUGACUUAGAAUUUGCCAGCUUCACUUUGUAUAAUUCAUUUUGUAAUGUAUGCUGCUGAAGUUGCAUCAUCAAAUUCUCAUGGUAGUGCAAAAAGCUGCAUCCAGGCAUUGUUAAAAACACGUGAACAGCACAUAAAUCCUGUCAAAACAUUGCAUAACAUUUCUAAGGAAGAUUCCAGUCAUUUAUACCAUCCAAGUGUUUCAUCUGAUAAUUCAGAUCUAGGAUUAUCUGCACAAAAUUUGGAGCUGAAAUUUAAGUCGCAAACAUCAAAUGAUUACCCUUCUUAUGAAGCUUCUUCUCCAGAUAACUUAGAUUAUCAGAAAGAUUUCAACUAUUCGCAGAAACUUUUCCACAUAGCAGACGGCAAUUUGUAUAGCAUAUUUUCACCAAUUCAGGGGCGAAGUUACGGUAUGAAGCCAUCAUUUUUAAGGAAACAGAAGUACACUGUACAAGAGUGCCACAGCCGUGGACGUAAAAAUCUUCGAAAAGGCCUAAAAUUUCAUAACUUUUUACCUUCUGAAAGUGUAACAUCAGAAAAAGAUAAUGGAUACCUCAGAACAAAGUGGAAAGUGCAUUCUGAGUGUCGAUUACGUGAAGAACAUGGAACAAAACAAAUUACCAUAUCCAACUGGUCUCAAAGCAUUCAAAAUCCAUCUGAUGGGCUUUCAGAAUGCAGUAAAACUACUUUUAAUUGUGAUUCAUCUUUAAAAGUGAGCAGUUUGGCUAAGCAGUCUACAUUAGCCAAAUAUGAAAAUGUCAGUAAAAAGAAAGAUGAUGAUGUUGAUCCAUACGAUUUUAAUUUAAGUCUUCAAAAUAAUUCACUGGAAAAUAAAGGUGCAUUUAACAGUAGAGACACAUACACAAAUGGAGUUAAAGCUAGAAAUUCAAAUUCUGGUUCAAAGAUAGAUUCUUUAAAAUUUGUAUUGAAUUCUGCAAUAGAAAAUCCAGUGGUAUCAGAAUGUCAGAUAAUAGAUUGUGAUGAAACUAAUAAUCAAAACAAAUCCUUCCAAAGCCUGAAACAUCGCAGAAAACCUGUGCAAACUAGAAGAAUAGUGCCUUAUGUGAAAUAUCUCUCAAUUAUGGAGGAAAAUGAAAGUUUGCCUUUGGAUCUUUCAUCUAAAUGUUUGAAUGAUAACUGUCAAAGCCCAGUUUCUUCAUCAGGAGAAGAGUCACUGUCUCAGAACAUCUCAGGGAAAACUUCAAUGAAUAGUGAUAGCCUGGAUUAUUUGAAAAACUCUGAUGCUCGUGAAAAUAAUAGAAAUAAUUUUUUAGGUUCUUCAAGUAGUUCUAGUUUACAUACAUCUAAUACAGUGAAUUCAUCCGAGAUGCUGAAAACUCAAAUAGCUACUCCUUUAACUUUUUUAUGCCCUCUAACCAUUAAUGAAAAUAUUAUGAACAUUGGGCAGGUUUUGCCUCAGACAGAUAAAAAUGAACUUCAAGACACAAGUAUUAUAAACAGAGAGGUGAAUAAUAAUCAGAAUAAAAAUAAAUGUCUGUCUACAGUAGCAGGAAAUUCAACUGUGAUUAAUCAUUCAUUACCUAAUAAUGCCUUGUACACUGUUCAAAAGUCUUUUGUGAAAGAUACCCAUCCAAAAACUCGUAGACGAAAUCAAAGAUCUGUUAUAAAACAAAAACUUGAAGACACUUUUAGACAAAAUGGAUUUUUGGUUAAAACAAAGCAAGUGAGUGAUGGAGAAGCAACAUUUUGUAAAUUUCGACAGCUUCGAAAAUAUACUCGCUAUUACUUAAAAAGUUGGCAACAGCAUUUACCAGAUGAAGUGCAUAAAAUGUGGAAAGGCUUUCUUCCACCCAAAACUGUUUUACCUCCUGUAUCAGGAAAUUCAGAAAGUUCAAAUGGGACAACAUCUUAAAUAUAUUUAAUUUCAAAAAGCAUUUUAAAUUUUAUAU